AGAGAGAGAGGGAGAUAAAGAGGGAGAGAGGGAAUGAGACAGAAGGACAAAGAGAGGGACAGCAGAUAGGAAGGGAUGGAGUGAAGGAGGAGGAGAGGGAUGGAGAAGACGUGGACGUUCUCAUGGACAGAUGUGGUUUGGAAAAUGGAGCAGGACGUCCAGCCAGAGAGCUGAUAAAGCAGAGAGGAUGGAGCUGACAUCACGCUGUCCUUCUUUCAAUCUCUGCUGAGCAAAAAUAUGACAUGAAAGCAGAAAGACGGAGGAAGAAGCAGGUGGAAUAAUCUGAUCCCAGAUGAAGCAGCAACAGGAGACGCUCCAAAGACACGAUGUUGGAAAUGGUGGGGAGAGGUGCACAGAUGAAGACUCCUGUUCUCUGCAUGGACGUUUGAUCUGCUGAUGUUCCAGCGGGAGGAACCGGAGCAUCGGACUUUCUGCAGGUUUUGUUGCUGCAGUCGUUUUGUCGUGAACCAGCGGGAUGUCAGCAUCUGCAGCAGCUCUGGAGAGAAGGUUCUGGUGGAGAACGGUGGAAAUGCUACUUACAGGAAAAUGUUGCUUCAGUGACUGAUGGACUGAAUCUAUCUGCAUCCAGUGGAGAAAAUUACCCUCAGAAAAACCCGAGAAGAAGAGUCUUGGUGCAAAGUUGGCUGCAACAUCCUGGGAUUUUUCUCCUUCUGUGACUUCAUAUUCAACAAGAACUUCUUUUAAAGGCAGUUUCUCCAACAGUCUCUCCUCUUCCUCCCAUCCCUAACAUCAAGAACAGGACAAUUCAAUUCAUUCAUCAUUUAUCCACCAGGCCUUGAAGAUAUUUAUCCAAAUUAGAUCUCAGCAAGUCUCUUUAAUAUACAUAUCAGAGACCAGCCUCUUGUAAAGGCUAGAAAACCAACUCAAGGUGACUUUUCAAGAUUUUCUAUCAACUAUUCUGCCCAUUUAGGCCCAAUUGAAGGUACAAUACCAGAAAAUCUCCACAAGGCCUCCUAUAUCCAUCCUUUGGCUCCUCCUUUGGUUUUUAUAUUCCUCAGACUUCAGAGUUUAAAGUUAAAUCUCCACCUGGAACAUUUUGAUGACGUCUAGACUUCUUUUUUAGAAGCAGCAUUUUUGUACUUGCACCACGUUUCACACUGGAAAGUGGAUAAACCGAGAGACGCUCUUUAAGGUUUAAUGUCCAGCAAUUCUCCCAAAUCCACCACAAGUUCUCCUUUAACUUUAGCUUAAGUUCCCCCAAGGACGUCUCUGCACAUCCAUCUCUGUAUGCAAAAAGGUGAAAUUUCAGAGAACCCGUCAAGAGCGUAUCUUUUUAAAGGUUUUUUCCACCAGGGUUGACUCCCUGUGGCCGACCAGGAUGCUAAAAGUGCUGCUAGUUGAAGCUAUGUGGUGACAGGGAAGAAAGACAGGAAGGAAAAGACGAGAAAAACCCAAACCUCUGCUCUCUCCAAUGCUUGAGUUCUUUCACCAGUCUGCAGACAGCGCUCAGGAAGCAGCCGACAGGAGGAGUUCUGCAGCAGCAUGGGCCUCAGCUGCUUCAAGUCCUGGAAACAUGAGAGUAGCGGCCACAAAGGUAACAGAGACGUGUUGGCCAGCCCAGGCUCCUACUUCUUCCUGUCUAACAGUGCCGGUCAGGGAGACGAGUGGCUGAAGAGCCUCAACAAGGGAGUCUGGAUCCCCUUCACAGGGGUCUUUGGCCAGCGUCUGGAGGAGACGGUGCUGUAUGAGCGGCGCUAUGGGGUGCGUUUGGUUCCUCUAGUGGUGGAGCAGUGUGUGAACUUCAUCCGGGAACGUGGCCUCCAUGAGGUGGGCUUGUUCCGUCAGCCGGGGCAGGCCAGUCUGGUCAAACAGCUGCAGGAGGCGUUCGAUUCAGGGGAGAGGCCAUCCUUCGACAGUAGCACAGACGUCCACACGGUGGCGUCGCUGCUGAAGCUCUACCUCAGACAGCUGCCGGAGCCCUUGGUUCCUUACAGCCGCUACCAGGACUUCCUGCUCUGCGGCCAGAAGCUGUCAAGCUACCGAAUGCUGGGUUUGGGAGAUCUGAGGAAACUACUUCACGAGUUACCGGUUGCAAACUUCAAUGUACUGAACUUCAUCUGCCACUUUCUGAAUGAGGUCCAGAGUUACUCCGACUCUAACAGGAUGAGUGUCCAGAACCUGGCCACUGUGUUCGGACCAAACAUCCUCCGAGCCAAAGCCGAGGACCCGCAAAGCAUCAUGGGAGGUGCAGCUCUGGUCCAGGUUCUGAUGUUAGAACUGAUCAGAGAACACAAGUCUCUGUUCUCUAAAAUCCCUCCGUCCGUCUUUGCCCGUCCUCCCGGAGGUCCUCACGCCUCACCGGCCGCCCUGAAGCAGCCUCACCUCCACCCGCUGCCCUGCCUCCGCCAGCUAUCCCUGCCCCUCAUCGCAGAACGCUCUGGAGAACGGGGACAGGCUGCCGCGGACUCAGAGAACACCAGCGCCUCUGCUGCUGCCAGGUCAGACUUCGUCCAGAAGCGACUCCUCGGCCAUCGCUACACCUCCUCCCACCCGGAGAACUGCUUCUACCCGUCGCCCUGCUCCAGUCAACCCGUCCAGAGCCGCUCUGACAGAACCAGCGUAGACUACUACCAGCACUACGCCGGCCGAGAAACGUCCCCCGUAGCAGCCUCCACCUCCAGCCUCCAGCUCCAGGACCCGCUGCCCGACGGCUCCAAGCCCAGAGCGGUGCUGAUGGGCUGGGCUCAGGCCUGGCCUGGCCCGGAGAAGGAAGGAGCUGCUUUCUGGAGGCCUGGAGGUGCCGAGGAGGAGGAGGGUGCAGUUCCAGAAAUAGCCAGCAGGGACAGCAGCCCCUCUGCCUACGAUAACCUGGACCGAGCGUCUCCAUGGCAGGACGACGCUGAUGGACAUCUGGAAGCUACAUCUCUAGGAGAACAUGUGGGUGAAGAGGAGGUGGAGGAGGCGAGGCAGAGGAGGGACUCUUCUUCUUCAUGGUCUUCCUGUGAGGUUCUACCUCUGGAUGACAUGGGGGCAGUUAGUCCUGGUCUGGUACCACAACAGUCCAAGUGUUUACCCACAAGUAGGGCAGCAGAAGAAAACAGCAACAAAGAUGAUGAAGAUGAUGAUGAUGACGUCCACCAUCCUAAUUCCCCGGCCUCUGGUUCUGUGCUCAGUGACAGUCCUCUCAGUACAGGAAGUUCUGAGGUGUUCCUCCCUUCUGGUCCUCCAGACCUCGAGGGCCCCGAGGACCACAAGCAGCCCAGCGACGCUCACUCCCUCCUGGCCGAGCUGAGGCAGCAGAUGGCCAAGCAGAUGGCCGAAUACCAGGCCAGGAUCCAGAAGCUGGAACGUUGCAACAACGUUCUCCAGCGGCAAGUCGCCGUCCUCCGAGUCCGUCUGGAGCAGCAGAAACGCAGCCGGAGCGUCGCCGAGAUAAAGAUCCGCAACAUGGAGCGAGCAAAAGCUGACGCCGACCGCCGGAACUCCACGCUGCAGAGGGAGAUGGAGAUGUUCUUCCAGAUGUACGGAGACUUCAGGAGAGCAGGAGGCAAAGAGAGAACGGGGAGUAUCUGAGGACGGAGAUCAACUGCUGGUUCCAGAAGAUGGUUCCAGAAGAUGAUUUUCCUCCACAAACCUCCAACAACAAGAGCAUCCUGUUCUUUCCUACGGUAAAAUCAAACAUUUUAGAGUUCUAAUGUCCACAUGUGGUGCUUCUACAUAUUCAUCGACCUUCCAGAAAACUCUGAUGGUUCAUUUUCUGCCAGCUACAGCCUCAUUCACAGCAGUAAUAUACUGUAAACCAGGAAAAACAUGUUUGAAUCAUCGCAAUGUCCAAGUUUCCAUUCUUUAACACCUCAGGAGUGCAGUCAACAAGGAUUUCUGACCUCCUUGAUAUCUUUCCUCCUAGAUUUACCUGAAAACAACACACACACAACAUAUUACAUCUUCAAACUUAAAAAAAUUCAUUGUUUUUGAUAAAAUAAAUGUUCAUUUUGAGUUUGAUGUCAGCAAAAUGUUUAAAAAACUUGGAAUUGGUUCAACAAAAGACAGGAAAAGUUGUGUCACGCUAAGAACAAACACCUGGAGGAACACUUCACAACCAAUCAGGAUUUUUCUGCCGACCAAUUUUUGUUCAACUGAUUGCCUGAAUGUAAAAAAGUGUUUUAUUUAGAUAAUUAUAAUAAUUGUCUGGGAGCCAUUUUGAAACGUCUACCAACAUUCUAGUUUUUGUGGUCCAACUUUUCUCACCAAUCAGUUCUGAAAGUUCAAAGAAAAUAAUCUUAUUUUCCUUUUUUGUGACUAAUCAUCUUAAAAAGUUUUUUUUUUCAGUAAAUAUCACUAUUUGACUUCUGCAGUAUCCAUUUUUUGUUAAAGUGAGCUCAAAGAUGGAACUUUUCAUGACAGCUUAAUUAUUUUUUUCAUAUUUAGAUUAUUUGAUUUGUCUAAUAUUAUAAAUUCGGAAACAAUGACCUGAUGUUGAGAAAUUCAUUUCAAUUCAAUUUUAUUUAUAUAGCGCCAAUUACAGUCAAAUUGUCUCGAGACGCUUUACAGAACCCAUAUGCCUGAACCCCCAGAGCAAGCCAAAAGGCGACAGUGGCAAGGAAAACACCCUUUUAACAGGGAAAAAUGACAGUGAAGAUUUAAAGGUAUUAUCUUGAAUAGUUCCUGAGAUUUUAACGUUCAACACAUUUAAACUUCAAUGUGUGAAAAAAUGUGCUGAAAGUUUCUCAAUGGGAAAUUAAAAAAACAAGAAUCUUGGAAAAUAUUUGAUGAUUUUAGAUAAAAUAAACCAAAAACGGUUUUAUUUUCCUCUGAGAUUCAGCUGUAGGUUCAGAGUUUUACACACUUUAAUAUAUUCAGCUACAGUCAGACCUGCUCAUUUUUAUUGAUAAUCCUUAAUAUUUAUGCAUUUCCACACUAGUUCUCCUUCCUUUCUGUGUUGUUUUACUGGAUUUUAAAACUUAUCCAGUGUUUUUUUUAAAACUUGCACCAGGUCUGUUGAAACAUUUGGUACGUUUUGAAAUCAAAAAUACAUCGAUUAUGAGUUUAACAAAAGUCAUAAACUACCAAGAAAAGGACUGUUGUGUUUGCUUCUAAAACACAUGAAAGUCUUUGCGUGGAUGGUGUCUGGAUGAAAAAGUGACUAAAUAAACUAAAUUUAACAGAAAAAGACUGCUCCCUGUGGUUAAGGAAUACCUGAGUGCCUAAACAUUAAUGAACUAUUAAUGGUCUAUUGGACAUUGUAUAAAGAAGCUCAAUUUCUAGUUUUUAUUCCUCAAAGCUUUGUGGAAAAAGUGCUGAAUUAGACACAUAACCAGCAAAAAUAAAAGCAACCUGCAUCUUUUCUGAGUUCUAUUAAAAUAUAAGCAACAAUAAAUGUCAAACUUCUGAGUAGCUGAAUCCUAAAUCCAUCAAGAAUGGGAAAACUUUUCAUUUUCCUGAGUUGUUGGUGAAAUAUAAGGUGAACAGACUCCUGGAGCAACUUCUUAAAAACAUGUUGCUGGAAUCAAACUCAAAAUGAGGAUUAUUUAAAAAAAAAAAAAAAAAAAAAAAAAAAAAAACAA